UAAUUGGAUCCUUUAAAAUCCUUUAAGCUGGCUGGUCUAAAGAAUUGUCUUCGCUGCUGAACGGACAGAGAUGAGCACGGUCUACCACCAUGCUAGAUAAUACAGAAAAUACAAAUGAUUCAGUGCAUUCCAAUGAGCAGCAAGAGAGUCAGCAUCAGAUUAGCAUUGUGCCUCCAGAGUCGGCAGGGAAAUCCACACUGAAGAUAAAAAAGAAAGUAAUAACAGAGGAGUAUAAGCUUGCAGGACAAGUGCUCGGGGUAGGCAUCAACGGCAAGGUCUGGGAAAUAUUCCAGAAGAAAAGUGGCAAAAACUAUGCCUUAAAGAUGUUGCGGGACACCCCUAAGGCUCGACGGGAAGUGGAGCUUCACUGCAGGGCAUCGAGCUUCCCAUGUAUCGUAGGAAUCGAAGAUGUCUUUGCGAAUUACUACCAAGGCAAAAAGUGUUUGCUUCUCAUCAUGGAGUGUAUGGAGGGGGGAGAACUCUUUCACCACAUUAAGGAACGUGGUGAUCAAGCUUUCACUGAAAGAGAAGCCUUGGAAAUAAUGAGAAAUAUAGGAGAAGCUGUGGAAUUUCUGCAUGGUAUUAACAUUGCUCACAGAGACCUCAAGCCAGAGAAUUUAUUGUACACUUCAAAGCAUCCGGAUGCCCAGCUCAAGCUUACAGACUUUGGAUUCGCCAAAGAGACCACAUCUAACAACUGCUUGACCACCCCGUGCUACACACCUUAUUAUGUGGCCCCAGAGGUGCUUGGUCCAGAGAAAUAUGAUAAGUCAUGUGACAUGUGGUCAUUAGGAGUCAUCAUGUACAUCUUGUUGUGUGGAUAUCCACCAUUCUACUCAAACCACGGCUUACUGCUCUCACCGGGAAUGAAAAAACGCAUACGGAAUGGCCAGUAUGAAUUUCCAAACCCUGAAUGGUCACAAGUGUCGGAGGAAGCAAAGCAGCUCAUUUGCCAGCUACUGAAAACAAAUCCUACAGAGAGAAUGACCAUCACACAAUUCAUGAACCAUUCUUGGAUCAGUGUGAGCAUUAGCAUUUUAAAUCUAAUCUUUGAAUAA